GGUGAAUAUUUUGAUCAGUCGCAUGUGGCUCUACCAAACGUUUCAAAGUUCUUUUUGCAUCAAGCUCUGGAAGAGAGAAAAGCUGCAGAGGCUCUGAUGAAGUAUCAGCAAGAAAGAGGCGGCCACUACUGUUCUAAAACCAUCCAGAAACCAAACUAUGAGCAUGCAGUCGGUCUGAUGAAAGCCCUGGAAGUAGCAAUGGUACAGUGGAAAACUAUGAUACGAUAUUUUGAAGAGCUUUAUGCCCUGAGUGUUGAAAAUGCAGACCCUCAUAGCGCAAGCACUAUCAAGAAACAAUUUAUCAGGCCCAAAAUCCAGAAGAUCAAGCUGAUGGGAGAUCUGCUGACCAAUGCUCGCAGGCUUGACUGUUCUCAAGAUGGCAGAAAUAGUCUUGGAGAUUACUUUAUGGACCGGUUGCAGAAAGAGUUCAGAACAGGCACAGAGCCAGAGUCUAGCCAGCGCUGCAGCCCCUGCCCGCCUCUCCAGCAGCGUACAGGAGCUGCAGAGGGUCUGAAGCGACCCCAGAGAGAAUGUUCCCAGCACAGAAAUGGCACAGGACCAAUAUAUGCAACCAUACACUGCACUACCAUGCUGCCACACUGUAAUGAUGGGACAGGAGCAAAAGUGAAGCAGGGCAGGGAGGGAUUUUAAUGCUGUGGCUGUUGCAGCUAUGGGGCAGCUCCUAAGGCCGACCUGUAUGGAGGGUGGCCUUGAGACCAAACUCAGGAGACAUCAUGCUAUAUCACUCCUCCUGCUUCCCCUCAUCCUCUGUUGAGCCACAGCUCAAAAUCUAGCCCAUACCAUUAUUUCAUUUAAAUGACAGCAAGGCUGCUAGUUACCUAGGUUGUCGGCAUUAGUCAUACUUUUAUCUAUGUGAUUCCUAGAAGCCAAAAGCUUUUAAGCUUCUUUUCUGUCUUAAAUGAUUAGUAAGAUUAGUUAGUGCAAAUUAUUUUUAACAGUAUAUACAACUUUUCUU